AUGAACUUCGACAAGUCCCAGAACACCGGUAUCAACCUGCCCGGACUACGAGGGCGCGAUCGUCCCAACCACAACAAUGAGCUCCGCGUCCCUUGCAUCGGCUUCAUGCCUAACAGGCUCCGGAAUCACUUCAUUGCCAUGAGUGGAGAAUUCAUCGGCACCUUCCUCUUCCUCUUCUUCGCCUUCUCCGCUACACAGGUCGCCAAUGCCGGUGCUGCGGGUGCCGGCACCAGCGGUGGCACUCUCACCCAGGUGCCCGACCCGGGGGUCCUGAUAUAUAUCUCUCUGGCCUUUGGCUUUAGCUUGGCUGUCAAUGCCUGGGUUUUCUUCAGGAUCAGUGGAGGUAAGCUGGCCCGUCAGAUACCUUCCGAGGACUUGAUCAGCUGACCACUUGCAGGCCUCUUCAAUCCAGCUGUGACCCUUGGUAUGGCUCUCAUCGGAGCCGUCACCUGGACCCGCGCCCUCCUUGUCUUUAUCGCCCAGCUGCUUGGUAGUAUGGCCGCUUCUGGCGUCGUACAGGCUCUUUUCCCCGGCCCAAUGGCCGUUUCCACCAGCCUCAGCGCCGGCACCAGCGUCGUCCGCGGUCUCUGUAAGUCUCAUGAUGGCCAACACGCUGCGGCAAGCACACACUAAUGUUACCCUCACAGUCAUUGAGAUGUUCCUCACCGCCGAACUCGUCAUCACCAUCUUCAUGCUCGCCGCUGAAAAGCACAAAGGCACCUUCAUCGCCCCCAUCGGCAUCGGUCUCUCCCUCUUCAUUGCCGAACUCGCCGGCGUCUUCUACACCGGCGGCUCUCUGAACCCAGCCCGCUCCUUCGGUCCCUGCGUGGUCCUGGGAAACUGGCCCGGAUACCAUUGGAUAUACUGGCUCGGACCCGCCCUGGGCUCUCUGCUCGCAGUCGGUUUCUACAGAUUCGUGAAAGCAUUGGAAUACGAGACCGCAAACCCCGGCCAGGACUUCGACGAGCAGGAAGCGCAGAACUUUGAGUUUGACGAGGAUAAUGCUGCUACUGCCGCGGAUGUCGCCAGACCGCCGCCUAGCGCGGAUGGACCUAGUCCGAGGGUGAGCAGGCAGGCCGGUCAGACCCCUGGCUCUGGUGGAAGAGUUGAUGGAGCCGGUGAGGAGAAGUUUGAGGAGACGUUCCACAAUGGGCCGAGACUUGAGGAUGGAGGAGAUGCCAGGACGGGACGGUGA